AUGGCCACCCCCGAGGUUCUGGCCUUGCCCGCAAGUUGCAUACGGUGCAGUCCCGGCCGGUCAAGAUCCCGCGCCUCGACGACUAGAUGGCAUGAGCUUGCGCUGCAUGCUCAAUUGAGACUCAUCUCCCUCGCAUGGAUUGUCGACAGGCGAAACGCGCAGACAUUCGCGACCUCGACGUCGCCCCAUACACGGCCCCAGAAGCUUUUACGGGCCACCGACUUCUUCCUGCCGAGAUGGUUCUCCCGACUACCAGCAGCGUUCGAGGUGGCCGAAGACGAAGACUGCGACCAAGUUCCAGAUCCCAGCGAAACAGGCUCAACGGCGCGCCAGCGACUGCCAGCCUGCCCUGGCCGCCUCUCUCCGCCACCAUUAGCCACUGCCCAGCGCCGACGCCAUCACUCCGGCGGCGACCUUUUCCGAGAUCCCGUCCUGGACGUUUCGGUGGACUGGAGCUCGCAGCAAGGCAUCUCGGAAGCUAAAGGCAAGAAGAAGAAGCAGGGGCAGACCAACACCAACAAGUGGGCUGGCGACGACAGCAAAGACAAGAAAGGCGGCGACGAAGGCGGCGAAGAACUUGGCGGUGGUGGUGGUGGCGGCGGCGACGCCUUCGGAGACGGUGGAAGUGCCAGAAAUGGAGACGGCGGCGGCGACGACGACAAGGACAAGGACAAGGACAAGGACAAGGACGGAAACAAAGACAAAGCAGGCGACGCCGAGGCCGACAACGAGUGGGGAUUCGCCGCCCCGUCUAAGAAGAAAAAGGGCAAGAAGGGAAAUGCCGAUGCCGACCCCGAACCUGCCUCGAGCAAACCCGACGACGAUCUCGAUGGCAACGCGUUUCAAGAGAUCAGACUAGGCGAUGAUUCAGGCGGUGGGACUGGCGCCAAAGAUUCCUUUGGAUCCUGGGGCUCGAAAUGGAACGCCGGCGGGACUGGCUGGGGAUGGUCCGGCGCCGAAGGCGGCAAUGAAGGUGAGGCGGGUGCUGCUGACCAGGAAAAGGACGACUCCGGCUCGACCCCGUGGAACCUCAAGGGCGGCAAAUCCAACAAGAAAAACAAACCUGGCUUCACGUUUAAUGCUCUCGCUGAUGCCGAUGACAAGGCCGGACCCGAGGUCAGCAACGACGCAAAGGAGGACGGCCCUGGCUUUACCGUCACCUCCAAGAAGGACAAGAAGAAGAAGACAAGUGCCUGGGGUAUCAGUGCUACGGAGGAGGCUCAGCCGCCCGCAGCUGACAACAAGUCUGACCCUUGGGGGUGGGCGUCGUCUACCAAGAAGAAAGACAAAAAGAACUUUCAAGAACCCGAGCCCGAGCCCGAGCCCGAGCCCGAGCCCGGGAAUCCCACAGAAGCCGCACCCUUAGAAGAAGAUUGUUUUACUGCUAGUACCGCCAAGGGCAAGAAGAAGAAGAAGGGUGCCGCAGCCAUCGAAGAAGAGCCUGUAGAGGAAGAGAAGCCAGCUCCCGAGCCUGAAAAGAUUGAAGGAGGUGAGCCCUGGGAUGAAUGGGCCAUUUCCAAGAAAGACAAGAAAAAGAAGAAGGCCUCCGGAGAGGAACAUUCUGUCACUGAUUCGACACCACCAGCUCCUCCAGAACCCGAACCCGAGGUCGUUUGGGGUACCGCGGCCACCAAGAAGGGCAAGAAAAACAAAAACAAGGCCGCCGAUCCUGUGCCGGAACCGAACCCGGAGCCGAACUCAACCUUGCCCAAGGAUCCCACUUUGGAGCCUGAUGUCAAGAAUGAAGACAUUUGGGGCCUUGGCACGAAAACUUCCAAGAAAGAUAAGAAAAAGAAGAAGACAUCAGCCUUUGACGAUUCUGAGCCCCCACUGGAAUUCGAGCCCGCCGCGCCUGAGCUUCCACCAGAUGAGUCCCAAGACAAGACAGAGGAAAACGACAGUUUCUGGAGCACAUUUGGCACUGGCAAGAAGAAGAAGAAGGGCAAAGAUGUCGAACCAGUCCCACCGCCAGAACCCGAGAAUGCUGAGCCCAAACCUGAAAAGGACGUUGAGAAAGAAGAGGGGGAUGGCCUGGAGAAGAAGCCUGACGAGGAAGCUACUUGGGCCGACUUUGGGACUUCCAAAAAGGACAAAAAGAAGAAGAAGAAGAAGGGUCUUGUCGAAGACGUUCCGGAGCCCACACCCGAGCCCGAAUCCAUCCCUGAAGUCCUUGCUCCAGAACCCGAGCCCGAGAAAAAGGACGAGGAUGACCUGUUUACUGUCUUUGGGACCGCAAAGGACAAGAAGAAAAAGAAGAAGAAGGGGGCCCUCGAGGAUCUCAAGGAGGAGGAGCAGCCCUUGUCAAAGUCUCUGAGUGGAGAAUGCAACCAGCCAGCAGACGACGCCUUGGGCGCCUGGGGCGCGGAGGCCAAGAGUGACAAGAAAAAUGUAGACCGGUCCUCCAAAGAAGAGCUGAACAACGCAGAAGCGGCCAAGGACGAGGUCUGGGAUACUUGGGCUUCCACGUCCAAGAAGAAGAAAAAGAAGGCGUCUGACCUGAUCCAGCUCGAGGAGCAGGAGGACAAGAGCCCCUCGGGUGAGGCGCCCAAGACCUCUAUCGACGCCACUGGCGACGACGAUUUCUUUAGUUCUUGGGGAAACGGCAAGAAAGAUGGGAAGAAGGCGGGCAAAGACGACCCUCUCUGGAAGCCUGACAGUAUCGAGGAGCCCGCCGACAACAUCUGGGGCGCGGUCACCAAGAAGAAGAAGAAGGACAAGUCGAAGAACGAGCCGGUGGAGGUUUCGGAUGAGACUAUUGGUGAGACAAUCCAACCCAAUUCUAUAGAGGAGACCAAGGACAAGGGGGCCGAGGACGACGCCUGGGCUCGGGCUCCAUCCAGCAAAAAGAAGUCCAAACCCCACAGCGCGGCCUCUGCUGACCCGCCUCCUCCUGUUCCAACACCCCCCUCUAUGGAUUUUACUGAGCCUGAAGAUCAAGCAGGAGAACCCGACGCUAUUCCGUGGGAUGAGCCUUCAACAUCCAAGACGAAGCUCGAGUCCAAGGACGAAGACAAAGACGACGAGGUAGUCAGCAAGGAAAAGACCAAGGGCAAAUCAAAGAAUGACAAGGAACCCAAGUUGAGUGACAAGGAGCUCAAGAAGCUCGAAAAGGAGAGGAAGAAGGCCGAGAAGGCCGAGAAGGAGAAGCUUGAGCAGGAGGCCAAGGAGGCGGAGAACGCGGAGAGGAAGAGGCUUGAGCAGGAAGCGAAAGAGGCAGAGGAGGCGGAAAAGGAGAGGCUUGAGCAAGAGGCGAAAGAGGCUGAGGAACGCGCAGUGCAAGAGCAGUAUGUGCACGAGGCCGAGGAGCAGGCUCGCAUCGAGGCCGAGGCUGCUGUCAUUGUUCAAGAAGAGAAGGACCUUGCUGCACUGACACUGAAGAAGAAGAAAAAGGGCAAGCUAUCCAAGAAGGAUGCAGAUAGGUUCAGUCUCUUGACCGAGAACGCAGCGAAGCGUGCCGAAAAGGAGGCCGCUCUCGGAGCUGACGAAGAGGAUCUCGCGGAGGCCGAGGAGCGGGCUUUCCGGGAGGCGGAAGAGCAGGCUGCUCGAGAGGCGGAGGAAGAGGCUGCUCGAGAAGCAGAAGCACUCGCCGCCAGGGAAGCAGAAGCUCGAGAAGCAGAAGAAAAGGCCGCGCGAGAAGCAGAGGAAAAGGCCGCCGGGGAGGUAGAGAAGGCCGCACAGGAGGCCGCAGAGGCCGAGGCCGCCAAAAAGGCCAAGAAGAGCUCCUCCAAGACCAAGGACAAGAAGAAGGAUAAGAAGUCCAAGACGUCGGAUGCAGUGCCAGCUGAAGAUGUCCAGGCGCCGGAGCCGGAGCCGGAACCGGAGCCGGAGCUCAAUGCGGAGCAAGUGGAGGAGCUUUUGUCGCCAAACGACAAGACAACGAACGAUGCCUUCAGUUUCUGGGGUGUCGGCAGCGGCCCAAAGAAACCCAAGAAUGUUUUCGUGGACGUCAUGACUGGGAAUGGUUCGCCGUCUUUAUUCAAAGCAAGUGACGGCUUCAAGUCGGCGGCGACGGCGCGAAAGCCCGUUAAGGGCAAUAUUGCAGACAGGCUCAAGAAUUUUGAGUUCACUCAGAAUGACCCUGUGCCGCCGGCGCCGUCACCGCCCACAGAGGACAGAAAGAGCGUUGAGUCCAAGACGAGGAGCAACUACAUGGACGGGGCCGAGCAGUACAGCUUUUCAUCCAAGAAGAGCCGCCAGUCCUCGGAGCUGCCUGGAAGCUUUCCGGCAGACGAUGAGGAAGACGAGAUUGUUGUCAUUGCUGACCCUGCACCAAAGGAAUCCUCGAAGAAGAGCAAGAAAAGCAAGUCGAAGACUGUGGCAGACGACCCGCCGCCGCCGCCGCCACCCGUUCCGGACCCGCCGUUGUCGAUGUCGCCACCCCCCGAGCCACGAGCGUUCAAGAAGGAGCGGGCAAAGAUUAAGGAUGACGGCGAGUCGUGGGCUCGGUGGAACGCGGCGCCGCCCAAGGAGAAGAAGUCGUCCAAGUCCAAGCCAGAAAAGACAUCGAAGCGCUCGGCCGAAAAGACAUCGUCGAAGGAUUCGGGUUCAGACAAGGCAGAGCGAACGGAGAAAGCAGACAAAACCCCAUCCAGACCCCGGAUGCCGGGCAUGUUCAGCACUCCGCCUGUGUCCAGAACAAUGUCGACUCGGGAGAGAAGAGUAAACGUCGAUGCCAAGGCCUCGCGUCGCUACUCGGUCGACGCAUACGGGUUGGCUUCUCCGCCUCCAGAUGAGAUGCCCGAAAUGUCAUCAAAGGCCGCCAAGAUCCUGGGCGUCGACAAGUCGAGCAGCAAGAAGAAGCCACGCAAGAUGACGCCGCCCGACGACGACGACAUCGUCAUGGUGGGUGCCCCGGAUGGCGACAUUGAUGGCGUUGCCCCGAAGCGGGAGAAGCGGAGGUCCAAAAGGUCACAGGACGAUGACAUCGUGAUGGUGGAGCCCGGAGGUCCUUCUGAGACUCCGGCAAGACGGGGAGGCUCAGUGAAUAAGAAGUCUGGCUUCGCAGGACUCUUCAGUGGACUCAUGACUCCCAAGUCGGCAAGAGUGGACGCGCGGCAUGACGGCGACUUGGGCGUCCACACGGAUCGAGAGGGUCGCGCCUCUGCGCGCAAGACACGCCGGAGCGAGCAUGACGCGGCUGAGAAGGCCAGCGAGGAAUCACGGCGGUCCAAGGACGAGGCUCGGCGCCGGUCACGUCGGAAGCGCGAGGACGAGGACGAGGCACGCCGGGCAGGGGCGAAGGACGCCCGCCGGGCUGAGAAACGCGCAGCUCGCCAGCGUGAAGAAGAGGAACGUCGUGCUUUGGAGGAACGGCAGGCCCGGCGAGCGGAGCGACGACGCCUGCGCAAGGAGCAGGAAGCAGCAACCCUUGCGGCUCAGAGAGAGGAGGAAGCUCGUGCUGCUGCCAAACAGGAGCGUCGACGAUCCCAGGUAGUCGACCCAUCGGAAGAUGAGGGUGAGCGGCGUCGGAGGCGGGAGGCACGACGUGCGGGUCGAGCCGGAGAAGGCGGCGGCGGCGGCGACAUGCACCGACGAAGGAGCAGUCGACGACACGGAGAGCAGUCUGGAGAUGAACAUGGAUACCCUCCCCGAGAUGGCCAGCGCGAUAGCAGAAAGGGGACGACGGCAUGGCCGCACUCGGGGACGUCGUCGUGGGUCAAGGACCACUCAGACGCGCCACCGCCGCCGGACGAGGAGGAGCAGGCACGCCGCGAGGCUCGAAGGACCAAGCGUCGAGCUAAGCACGGAGACGUGACGGCCGACGAGACGGACGAGCGGCGGCGGCACCGUCGGCGGCGCGAAGAGCGACGCGCGGGGGGCUCCGAGGGGAGUGACGAGCGGCACCAGAGCCGGCGAAACUCGACGAUGAUGGACGCGGCUCCGCGAAGCAGUUGGUGGAGAAAGCUGACGGGAUGA